AUGGCUUCAGCUGUGGAGGAGCUACAGAAAAAUCUUGAAGAAGUAAAGGUGCUGCUGGAAAAGGCCACUAGAAAGAGAGUACGUGAUGCUCUUAUGGCUGAAAAAUCCAAGAUUGAGACCGAAGUCAAGAACAAGAUGCAACAGAAAUCACCAAGGAAAGCGGAACUUGACAAUGAAAAGCCAGCUGCAGUGGUUGCUCCCAUUACUACGGGAUAUACAGUGAAAAUCAGUAAUUAUGGGUGGGAUCAGUCAGAUAAGUUUGUGAAAAUCUAUAUUACCUUAACUGGAGUCCAGCACGUCCCCACGGAGAAUGUGCAGGUGCACUUCACAGAGAGGUCAUUUGAUCUUUUGGUAAAGAAUCUAAAUGGGAAGAAUUACUCCAUGAUUGUGAACAAUCUCUUGAAACCCAUCUCUGUGGAAGGCAGUUCAAAAAAAGUCAAGACAGAUACAGUCAUUAUCUUAUGUAGAAAGAAAGCGGAAAACACACGGUGGGAAUACCUGACUCAAGUUGAAAAAGAGCGCAAAGAGAAAGAAAAGCCCUCCUAUGACACUGAAACAGAUCCUAGUGAGGGACUGAUGAAUGUUCUAAAGAAAAAUUUAUGAAGAUGGAGAUGAUGAUAUGAAGUGAACCAUUAAUAAAGCCUGGGUACAAUCAAGAGAGAAGCAAGCCAAAGGAGAGACAGAAUUCUGAGACUUUAAAGUUCUUUCGGGAAUUGUGAUGUGGAAAUAAUGAUGUUUCCAAUAAGGACAUGUUGGUGAGCUGCAGAUACAUUUAACAGAUAAUUUCACAGAGCCUUCUUCUAAGUAAAGGCAAUGAAUUCUCCUGCUGGAGGAUUUAUUUAAAUAAAAUAUGCUUAUUAAACAGUUCCUCUAAAGAUGGUUUCCUUAGUAAACUGGUCAUUUUGUUCAAGAACGAUUAAUGUUUGCAUUCUCAUAUGAAAUGUAAAGAAGCAAGUCUUGCCUAAUGAAAAUGCCAUAUUGUGUGUAUUUUUGUUCAGCUAGGAGGUAG